UGUUACCAAAUCUUUAUUUUUGAUAAACCAGACAACUUUUCCAGUCACAUAAUAAAUAAAAUUAAGCAAGACAACAACUUACAACAUACUUUCCAUUUCUUUUUCCAGAUGCUGAAAACAUGAUGCAAACUGUUGAGACGAAGACAUUUUGUGGAGUAAUUUUCCUCGACGAGGACAUUACAGAAGUUGUGCCAAGGUCAUGGGUUAAAGGUGAUGAAUGUUUUUGGCCAACAUUCAUUUCUGAGGAAAAAACCCAAAAGGCCAUAAAGAGGCAUGAAAUGCCAGGCCCUGGCUGGAAAAUCUUCAAAAUAAGAACACUCUUUGAAAAAGUAGAUGACUUCAGUAAGGCAAGGCAAAAGCUGAAGGACUACAACAGAAAUGGAACGACAGUCCUCCAGUCAGAGGAUGAGAGCUCAAUGGCAAAAAGGAGAAGAAAAGUGACACAUUACCCAGGAUUUGAAAACGGCAGUACUGACUCUGAAACUGAGAAGACUCCAAAAAGAAGACCAGAUUCUCGGCCUCGGCCUCGGCCUCGGCCUCAACCACUCGCUAUUAGCGCUACCCUUCCUAGUCUCCCUCCAGCCCCCCUCUUGGACAUCGCAGUGGACAUGGGUCAGGAGUCUCUGGACAACACAGGACAGGAAACCUUUACAGACAUAAGCUGGAAUGUGAGGAGGGAGUCAGACCCCUUCAAUGUAAUCAAUAGCUCAGCGCACCAGUCAACACCACCACCACCUCAACACUCAGCGCACCAGUCAACACCACCACCACCUCAACACUUGAGUCCAGUGUUUGACAUUAAUAUGGGCUUCCCCUAUUCACAUGCCAGCGGUGGUGGAGAGCCUGGAGGUCACCUCCUCUUCAAGCCAACUUUCAGAGUUGGCCAUGAAACAGGGCCAAUUCCUUGCACACCGGCUCAGCUACAUGGCCUAUUACUUUUGGAAAACCUAAAGCAGCAGGUUGCCCAACUCGCCACCACCGUGAACCUGCUAAUGGCCAAGGUCAAUAACGGCCUCCAACCAGCAGCCUUUGAGUGGUCCGGGGAAUUUCAUUUCCCCCUGGAAUCAGAUGCAGAGCUGGACCGCUUUGAGACCUGGCUGGCGGACCCUGCCAACGAUAGGCAGAAACAUGCCCUUGUGAAUACCCUGUCUGCUGUCGGGGGUGUAGAUUUGAAGAGGGUGACAUGGAAUAUUCUUUCAUACAUGUUUUCCUGCCCCCUGUCUCGCACGAUUAAUUGGAAGGGUGUGAACAAGAAGAGGGCCUUCCACAGGAUGGCAUCACGGACCCUCCUCAGCCGUGCAGUGCGCAAAUGUGCACUGACAACAACUGCAACAGAAGCAGAAAUCUGGAGGCACGCAAUUCGGUGGUUUGCACUUUCGGCGGACAGGAGCGGAGGGCGCCAGGAGAGACUGGCGCGUCAGCAGCAAGAGCAGCAAUUACAGCUGCCACUGCACCCACACAUUGAUUUUGUUUAAGUGCAUGUUUUUUUUUUUUUUUUUUUUUUUUUUUUGUUAAUAGCCUGUGCGUUUUUUACCCGUUAAUUAGGCUAUAUGUUUGUUGUUGACUGUGUUCUUUGUUUAUUGUUGACUUUGUUCAUUGUUGUUCAUUUUUAUAAUUAAAUCUAUGAAUUCGUGGUCAUUAAUUCUGUGUUUCUUAACUGUGUUCACUUUGUUUUAGUAUGCGUUUUAAUCAUUAAAACGAUUUAGUUCAGCCAUAGCCUAAGCCUGCAUUUCUCCAACUAGCCUUUAUCAAGUCAAGUUAAGCUUUUUAUUAUAGCCAUAGCCUUAGUGAAAAAAAAAUUUCUGGACAUUCCACAGACUGUGAAAAUGUAGGACUAUGUAUAGCAUAUAGGUUACUCAAUGCCGAAAAUAAGGCAAAAUGACAAUCCAGUGGUGAUUUAAGCAGAAUCGUAACACAUCCGGCACAGCUCCGGUAGGCGGAAUCGCUUCACGCACCCGUUACGCAUCUGUAACGGGAUGAUCAGGCGGUGCUGGAUCGGCGCUGGCACAUAUCCGCAACAACCCCUAAAAACAGACCAGAAACGGCUUCGGCCCGAUGUGCGUUUGGACUCAGGAACGAGUCCGUGAGGCGGAAGCGGGCCAGACCCGGCUUUAUCGUUUUGCGAUUGCGGCCCUGUUCCGUUACAGCGUCCAGUGGCUAUC